UAGAUUUUUAUUUUUUUUUACAAAUAAAAAAAUUAAGGCUUUUUUUUGUUGUUCCUCUUAACAAAUUUUGAAGAAUGAAGAGUAACUUAGACGACAGCAACGAUGAAAAGCAGCCUGAGCGAAAGCGCCCUGCUCUUGCUAGUGUGAUUGUUGAGGCGAUGAAAGUUGACAGCUUGCAGAAGCUCUGCUCCUCUCUGGAACCUAUCCUCCGCAGAGUUGUGAGUGAGGAAGUGGAACGUGCUUUGGCUAAGUUCAUCACGUCUAGGCUAUGGUCAAAAUAUAUAGUGCCUCUUCAGAGAAAAUAAUACGGAAGUCUGAAAAACUCUUAAGAGAGAAAAGAAGUGAAGGUACACAUCCAAUUUGGAUCUUGAAGAAGAAUUCUAGCUCUCUCCGGUAAUGUUACCUCUUAAGUUAAUCAAAGCUUUCGGAUUAACUGCGUAUGUGAAACGAUUCUCUGUUUCCGUUUGAUAUGCUUCAAAAAGAUUCAAGAGCAUAACAUUGAUGCCUUAUGUGUUUAUAUGAUUAGGUGAUAUGUGUGGGGGUACAGGAAAAUGUAAACUGUUACGGUGGAAGGUUUGCUUGGUCAGUUUAGGUACAGGUUUACCAAACAACAAAGGACUCAUUAGAAGGCCUGGUGCAGUGAGCUACUCGACACAAUGUACAAUGGUCGUCUUCUUCCCAAUUCUUGAGCCAGUAUAUAGUACAUGUCCUCAUUUCAUCUCCACAUAAGAUAAUUGGUCUGUUUUGACUGGGAAAAUGAACUACUUAUUCUCUCAGCACAGUGGCAAUAGUUAUGAUUAUAGAAGAGGAAGAAAAGUAAUACGUCAUCGAUGCAUGGGAAGCUAUAGGAUAAUGAAAUGCUAGAACAUGUUUUUGUAAUGGUUCUAGCUCUGUGUUGUUAAUUCUUUAUAAACCUAAUAGCUUUCUUCUUCUUUAGAGUCUUGACAACGAUACAAACAUCAGGCGUAUG